AUGGCUACGAAACAAAAACAUAUUUUCACUCGGUCCAAACCUCUGAUGAAUAUCUAUAGUGGAUUGGAUAAUCAAGGAAAAGAGGUUGAAGUACGAGAGGACGCUGAACAACUUGUUAAAUGGCAUGAGAUAUCCGAUGCUCUGGUUGCUGCCGGCUAUUACAGGGCCCAAUUACAAGGGCUAUCAGCUUUUGAUAAAAUUGUUGGUGGUUUGACUUGGUGUAUUGAGUUAUGUGAUAUAGAUAUUGACAUCAAUCUUCUAUUUGAAGAGAACUUGACUAUUGGAAAAAAAAUAGCCCUCACCGAGAAGAUAGUCAAAGUAUUGCCAACAAUGAAAUGUCCUUUUAUUAUUGAACCUCAUCAAAUUCAGGGUUUAGAUUUUAUCAAUAUCUUUCCACUUGUACAAUGGCUUAUAAAGUACUCAAGUGAAUUUAGAGGGGCUAAAGAGGAAGAACUUCGCAUGUUUGCAGUAAUGCAAUAUGAAAAAGAUCAUAUAUUUGAAUCAGAUAGAAGACAUUAUAUUCAACAAGAAAAAAUAUUAAAAAAUCUUAUUAUGAUACAGAAUCUCUAUAAACCAUGUAGAGUGCGUAAAAGAAAAGGAGGUCUUCCAACAAAUGAUCUAGAGCAGGUAAAUGCAGUGCUAUCUGAGUAUGACCAGCGUAUUUUAAUGCAUAUCUCUAAUAACAAAACUGAUUCACAGCCUGAUGAAGGACUUGAAGUACUGUAUGAUUAUGAAAAAACACUUGCUGAUCCCUCAGAAAUUACAACAGAAACAGACAAAUACAUAGAACAUGAAAACAUAGAAAAAGAUGUUUCAGAUAUUAAAAUACAUUAUGCAGUUUUACAAUCAGAGUUAACUGGUGAUCUUCCUCAGGAAUUAGAAGAAAAUGAAAAAAAUAAAUAUUCUAAUGAUAUUGAACAACUGUCAAAAGUUAUAGAUACUAUGGAAAAUGAAGUCGAAAAUGUAAGAAAGGAACAUGAAGAGAAAAUGGAUACAGCAAAAAAACAAUAUAGCACAGUGCUGAAUAAGUUACAAAGAAUUACUCGGAAGUUAAUAAAAACAGAUGAUUUUACUGAUAAAAAGGCCAAGGAAUUUUACAAAUCCCUAAAAGAACUAGCAAGAGAAAGAAAUGACCUUUUGAAGGUCAUCCACCACAGAGAACAGGAACAUAAGAAACUUCAAGAAGAAUUAAGUAUUGCCCAAGAACCUACAGCCAUAAUAGAAGAAGAGCCUCUAACUCCAGUAGAACUGAAGGAGUUCCAAGAAAGAGAAAAGAAGUUAAAAGACUUUAUUAGUAAGACGAAAUCGGAGUUGGGACAUUUGAACCGUCAAGUUUUAAGGUAUUCUGUGGCGAUUGACGAAGUACCUGGAACGGCUGAGUUACUGCAGUACGAGAAACGUUUCGUAGAAUUGUAUAAUCAAGUUGCAUCAAAACAUAAAGAAACAAAACAGCAUUAUAUUUUUUACAACACCCUUUAUGAAGUGAAACUUUAUACAUCGAAGGAGUUGAGUCUACUUAAUUCAAUUUUGGAUAAUUAUGAAGAAGUAAUGUCAUCACCAAGAAAACGUGAGGAAUUUAUGAUUCAAUUCGAAUCAAUAGUAGACUGGGUUAACCAAACCGUCCGUAAAGUCGAACACAAGUAUCAAACAGAGAAAGAACAAAAGGCAGCCCUUCACGCCGAAUAUUCAAGGUUGAUGGACGUACAACGACAGUAUGCGGCCGCCUUAAAGAAAUUGGCUUCGGAGCGACAUCGAAUCGGUUCAGAGGAACAGUAA